AUGCCUGAUACAAGGGAUUCUUCGAAUUAUUCUGAACCAUUUGCUGUUCGUGGAUCAUCUUCGUUAUUUAUACAACGGCAAAGAGAUACUUUUGAUUGUCUUCAAGCUUUAGAAGAAGCACACGCGAAAGUAAAUAAGGAAACUAGAGCUGAACGGAAUUUGGUGAAAAAAAUGGCUUGGAGACCAGCGAAACCAGCUAUAGAAUCUUUGGAAGCCGAGAAAGAAGCAAGGGAUAAGCUAAAGUCGUCUGGCACUAAUAAAUUAGCUGAUACCUUCAAAAUUCCAAUCAGCCCGGCUCCGAGGCCGGGUGGUAAACGGAGGGGAGCCCCAGAUCAACGGCAGCAAAGCCGCUCUGAUGAUCCACGCAGAGGUUCCACAAAAUGGAUUCAUUACAGCCUUGCAGACGUCAACGAAGAUGGUAAAGCAGAUCGUAGUAUUGCAGCCGAGUUGAUGCGAGAAUUACGUCGUAGGCAUCAGGAGGAAGGUGCACAGAAUGAAGAAGGGCCGAUUGGUAAUCCACCUCAAGGUCGAAUUCUCUUUCGCCCAAAAACUGGAAGAAAAAGACGUUGCAUGGAUUCUGUCUGUGAAUCCUCUAGUUCGUCUCUGCCAUCGGCAUUCUCUCCGGAAGAUGAAAUUACUUGUGAAGAUCAAGACUGUAGCACGGAACCAGUUACUUUAACUAAGCCAGAAGCAGUGCAGUUCCGAUCGAGACAACAUCCCGGAAGACAGAUGAGGUUCACUACAAUGUCAGAUGAUAAUAGUGAUCAUGAGGAGGAGAUGGACACGAACGAAACAACAGAUACUGACAAAGAUGAGUUGGGGAGUUCUAGCGACAAAGGUGAAAUGUCGGAUCUUGAAGAUCCUCCUGAGGGUGUGUAA